AUGAUAAUUGAAAACUCUAUCUCAAAUAAGCUGUAAUUUAUAGAAGAAACAAUAAAUUUUGCAUUAUUUCAUUUAAUAGCUUAAGGGAUUAAAAUUGAUUAGACCGAAGUAAUUUGGAACAACCUGAAUCCAAAUUUUGUUAGAACGUUUAAGAUUAAAUAUUUUUUUGAAGUUUAGUAACAUCUAAAAAAUGGAAGUUUAUCAUUUUAUAAAUUCAACUUAAUGAAAAGUGUUAAUGUAAGCUAUUAUGGAUAAUUGUUAAAGCAGAAACAGCUGUAAUUGAAAUAAUAGGGUCGAAAAACUCAAUUUUUAUUGCUUAAUUAUUUAAUUUAUAAGGAAAGAAAAGUGGAAACGUUAUCCUCAAGGCAGAUCAAAUAAAACAAUGCAACGAUGAAUUUUCUAUUCCAAGAAUAAACUUUGGCUUUUUUGGAACAAUGCUCUCCUUUUCUAAGAUUUUAUAGACGAAGAUAGUAAGAUGAAAGGAAUUUAUUGGUUUAUGAAACGUAUAUCUUAAUGAUUUAAACUAAAUAAAAUGGAAGGAAUUUCUUUGUUAAGCAUAGAAACUAUAUAAAAGUUGAAUUAUGGAAUUAUAAAAUCUCUGGUAAUCACAAAUAUCUAGUGGAAACUACCCUUUGUAUUAAUGAAUUAAUUGGGUCAAGCAAGGUGACUAAAAUAUUUUAAAAGUAACUCAUAAAUAAGUGUAAUACUAAUAAAUCUCCAGGGCUUUAUAAUUUGAUAGAUUUUAAUUAAAAUCUCAUUAUACCUUUAUUUAUUAUUAUGCUUGAGGAUAGCAAUUAAGUUUAAUUAUUGCUAUUGGUUUCACUUCAUCUAAUGCAGAUCCUUAAAAUCCUAAAUCACUUCAUAAUCUUCCUUCAGAUGACCCUCCUAGUUUAUACUUACAAGCAAUUUCUAGUGUGGCUGAAAUAUUGA